AGUUCUUAGGUGUAGUUAAAUUUGAUAACCAAAAAUUGUGAAUGCUACUCAGGAUGUUGCGAAACCAACGAAGUGUAUUGCUGAAAGGUGUAGUCGCGUUGCUCGUUAUGGCUGUCUUCAUUUGCUUUAAUUUAGAAGCCACUCUAAUGUUUCUCAUCCAAACAAAACAUGCGUUGUUUCACGAAAAGUAUCAAGACGGAAUACCCGGUCUUGCGUCCCCACUUGAAGAAUCUGAUCGUUUAUGGGAAUUCGCACAUACGAUGCAGUAUAAAUGCGAGAACCCAAAACGCAUUGGAGGGGACAAUGGCGUUGGAGAUGGUUCGUAUGAAAUUUGUUUGGAAAGCAAGCAUUGGCCGUUAACCACUGACCCCAACUACAAAUGUCUUGUCUAUUCGUUUGGUGUUGGAGACGAUUUAAGCUUUGACGACGCCUUGGCAAAAAUGGGUUGCGAAGUGCAUUCAUUUGACCCAAGCAUGAAUUGGGAAGACGGUAAAGUUUUUCCAUCCGGAGUGACUUUCCAUAAAAUCGGAAUCUCGCAGUGGGAUAUUGAAAAAGAUGAAAACGGAUGGAAAAUGCGUUCGCUUAAAACCCUCCUGAAAGAGUUAGGCCACUCUGGUAGAAUCAUCGAUAUUUUAAAGGUAGAUACGGACGCUCCUAUGGGUGGCGGGUUCGAAGACAUGGUGAGAUAUUUAAGAUGACACUGU